AUGCUCAAAAGAUUCAAUCUUGAAUUUGCCAAGCAUGCUAACACACCAAUGAGCUCCACUCUUAAACUUUCCAAUGAUGAAAAAGGUAAAAAGGUUGAUAAUAAGUUGUUUGGAAGCAUGAUAGGGAGUUUGUUCUAUUUUACAACAAGUAGGCCUAAUUUGUGCUUUAGUGUAGGUGUGUGUGCUAGGUUUCAAUCUCAUCCUACUGAGCUACAUCUUAAAGCUGUUAAGAGAAUCAUGAAAUAUGUUACUGGAACAUCAGAUUUUGGACUUUGGUUUUCUUAUGAUUUUAAUCCUACUCUUGUGGGUUUUAGUGAUGUUGACUGGGCAGGGUACUUGGAUGAUAGAAAAAGCACAUUUGGAGGAUGUUUCUUUCUCGGCAACAACUUGAUCACCGGGUAUAGCAAGAAACAAAACUUAAUUUCACUCUCCCCAGCCGAAGUUGAAUAUAUUGAUGCAGGGAGUUGUUGCACACAGGUUCUUUAUUUUGCUUGA